AUGACACCAACACCGAUGGCCACCAUCAUCUGUUCCGCCAUUGUCUUCAUGCUCCUUUCUAUGACCAUGAUGGCUCAAGCCGAUGACUCUGGUGGUGGCAAGCCCAAGGCGACCGACCUCAUGGUAAGAGCAUGCAAGAACGCCUCGUUCAACAACCCCCAUGUUGAUCCUGUCACAGAGGAAUUCUGCUUAACAACCCUCAAGUCAGACAAUCGAAGCACUAAGGCUAUGGACCUCCGUGAACUGCUGCUAGUCGCUGAUGACAUCCUUAGGGGUCGAGUCACUACUACCGGCAGCACGGUCAAGAAAAUGUUGGAAAACACCAGGAAAGGCACGGUGCCAAUGCGCGUCCUCAGCUUGUGUGAGGUGGAUUAUGACACUGUGUUGAGCGUCCUGAAGAUAUGUGAUGCCAUGAUCAGGGAUUACCAAGGCGAUGAGGACAAGCUACAGUCUGGUGAGCUUGUCAGUUGUGUGGAUAUGGCAUAUGAUUCUAUCAACGAGUGCGGCUCUGAGCUAGUUGAUAUGCCUGCCGUGGGGGCUUUGGUCAAUGAAAACAAUGAAUUGGCCAUGCUGGUUAAACUGAACACUGCGUUGGUAGCACCACAUGAUAUUUCUCAGUAA